AUGCCUUCGAAGAAGCCAAACAUUGGCAACCUGCUUGCCCUCUUGGAGAUGUUCCUGGCCCUCCAGCUUGACAUCCUUCCAGGAGGGACGGCGACUAUCGCAGAGCUGGACUUUGCUGAGAAGGACUCCCCCAUCAAGAGGGAGGAUAGGCCAGUCCUGCUUCAGUCGCCGGAGCACCCUCGUCUCCUCCCAUCCGCCGCCACCGCCGCCACCGCCGCCUUCUCGGCCGUUUCGGUCAUGAAUACGACGUCCCCUGGUCCCCGUUGUGGUUUUUGGGCUUUUUAUCUUAGGGGGUUGCUUCUGUUUUCCCUAGAGCGAAUUGGAAUUUGGCUUCGCCCCGACUCUGAACGCUCCACUGAGAGCUGUAAAGGGAGGGAAAUCUAG